AUGGUGGAGGACGUCUACUCAAAGCAGGGCAAGUUCAAAAACUGGUUGGCUGUAUGUGAUGUCCACCCCAGAUUCAUGGACGACGAGGUCUCCUUGGAGGUCUCCAUUGCUUUGGGGCUCUUGCUGUCUGAACUGAGUGAAGAGCCAUGGAAAGGAAAGGUGAUCCAAUUCAGUCGUGAGGCUCAGCUACAUUCCAUACAAGGCGGCGACGAUCUUAGGUACAAGUACGAGUUUGUGAGGAGGACGACCUGCGGUGUCGACCUUGAUUUUGAGAAGCUGUUUGAUUUGAUUCUCCAAGUGGCUGUGAAUGAGAACUUGAAGCUGGAUCAGAUGAUCAAGAAAGUGUUGGUGUUGAGUCACGCGGACUUUGAUAGUGCCAGUGUGGCCCAAACUUCUUGGGAGAUUGAUUACCAGGCAAUACAGAGCAAGUAUAAGGAGAAAGGGUACGGGGAUGUUGUGCCACACAUGGUGUUUUAG